AUGGAAGGUAUAUUUGCAUUGAAGCCACGCUAUGAUGCAGAUUCAAACUGUCAUACCGUUUGGGCGAAACUAGCAACCGAUCUGCCCGAGCCUGUUUUCGUGGCCAAUUUGAGGUUCAACGAUAGAGGCAGAUACGUUUUCGGCAAAAUCCCUUACGAAAAAAAGGACGUAAAGUUUUGGGAUGGUGAUAUUGAGGAGAAAGACUUUUGGAAACUUCCAGUUACAUCAUAUGCAAUCGGCGGAAUCGAGAACGGCAGAAAAGCAGCAGCAAAAAAGACAGAUUUCAAGGCCAUAGUCGACACUGGUGCCAGUUCCCUUCAUCUUCCAUCUGAAAUUGUACAGAAUUACUAUGCCAAAGUACCAGGUCAUAUUCAACAAAGUGGACAGCACCUUGUUCCAUCCGGCCAGGCGCUGCCGGAUCUCGUCCUCUACAUUGGUGAAGAAUCCUAUCCAGUUAGAAUUCUAGGGAAAUUCCUCCAACCUCAAGGACCUCUCAACGAGCUUUUCUGUCUGGGUAGGCUCGAGGAGAGUACGAAUCCUCAUGUCCAUAUCUUAGGCCACCCAUUCUUUUUUGCUCAAAAUGUCAUUUUCAAAGGUAUUGACGUCCUUUCUGUGGGCCUGGUGAAGAAAGGUGCCGAGGAAUGUUGUUAA